GCCACUGUGUGGAGCAGCACAAAGCAAAUCCAGCAGCAGCCACAGUAACAAUCAAGUCUGACACCGCACAGCAGAUUUAACAGCAGUGAUCUGUCACAGAGAGGACAUCUCUUGGCCACCCGGAUCAACAUUAACAAGAAGACCGCUUGCCUUGUAUUAUGACUGUAAAACACUGAGGAAGUGUGUGCGACUGAUCUGCUUUUAUCAGGUGUUUCUCCAUAUAGACAUCUGAUUCACUGAAGAAAAUGCCAGAACAAAGUAAUGAUUACAGAGUAGUGGUGUUUGGAGCUGGAGGAGUUGGUAAAAGUUCUUUGGUACUACGGUUUGUUAAAGGCACCUUUAGGGAAAGUUACAUCCCAACAAUUGAAGACACCUACAGACAAGUGAUCAGUUGUGACAAAAGUAUAUGUACUUUGCAAAUAACCGAUACCACGGGGAGCCAUCAAUUUCCAGCCAUGCAGCGUCUGUCAAUAUCAAAAGGACAUGCCUUUAUUUUGGUUUAUUCCAUCACCAGCAGGCAAUCCUUGGAGGAACUGAAGCCAAUUUAUGAACAAAUUUGUCAGAUAAAAGGGGAUGUAGAGAGUAUCCCUAUAAUGCUGGUCGGAAACAAAAGUGAUGAAAGCCAAAACAGAGAAAUGGAUAGCUCGGAAGGAGAGGCAAUGGCCAAAAAAUGGAAAUGUGCCUUUAUGGAGACAUCUGCUAAGAUGAAUCACAAUGUGAAAGAGCUGUUUCAGGAGCUGCUGAACCUUGAGAAACGCAGGACUGUGAGCUUACAGAUUGAUGGCAAGAAGAGCAAACAGCAAAAAAGGAAAGAGAAACUAAAAGGAAAAUGUGUGGUCAUGUAAAGAACAAAUCUGCACCACAACCUUCACAGCACUUCAGAAAA